GCAUGUCAUACUGUACGAGCCGCAUGUUCAUCACAAGCGCUGCUUGCACUCCGACAGCCGUCUGACAUCCGCGGCGCACCGUUUGCGGGAUCAGGGCCAGACCUGCUCGGCGCUCGCACUCGGAUUUCUGCAGCAGAACAUUAACCGGCGACGUUUUUCUUCAGCGAGCCAGGCAGCGGAGUCGGAGAUACGCAGGUAAUUGCAGUGUUCCUCCGACGCUUGGCCGACAUGCUGGGGAUCUGUGUGUGUCUUUGUGCGGUUUUCACGCAUGUCCUCUCUCAGGAGGCUGAGGAGCCCAUCUCCUACACGUGCACAGAAGGGUAUGAGUAUGACAGAGUCAGAGAGCAGUGCAGAGACAUCGACGAGUGUGCAUUAUUAGAUGAUGCCUGCAAAGGAGGGAUGCAGUGUAUCAACCACUUCGGUGGAUACCUCUGCCUCCCCAAGAGCGCCGUCAUCUAUAUCAGUAAGGAGGGCGAGCAGGUGCCCCUGCCGGACCCCGUCCCUCCUGUCCCUGCCGUGCAACCAAGCCAGCCUCAGCUCCCACCGGUGUUUUCUGGCAUCCAGAGAGUCCCUCAGCCCGGCCGGACCAUCCGAUGCGCACCCGGAUUCACUGCAGAUGAGCAGAACCUCUGCAGAGACAUUGAUGAAUGUGCGACAGGUAGACACACUUGUGGCCCUGAACAGACGUGCUACAACACCAGAGGCUCCUACACCUGCCAGUGUCCUCCAGGCUACCAGAGGAAUGGAGACCACUGUGUAGACAGAGACGAGUGUGCCCUGACCCACUACUGCAUGCACAGAUGUGUGAACACCCAGGGCUCGUACUACUGCGAGUGCAAUGCAGGUCACAAGUUGGCCAGCAACAACCACAGCUGUGUUGAUGUGAAUGAGUGUGAUGUGCAGAGUCCCUGUCAGCACCACUGCUAUAACCUGAUUGGCUCCUUCCUCUGCCAGUGUGACCAGGGCUACGAGCUGGCACAAGACAUGGUCUCUUGCCAAGAUGUUGACGAAUGCAGCUUCUCCAGCUACAUGUGUCAGUACCAGUGUAUCAACAGCCCAGGAAGUUACUCCUGCGAGUGUCCAGAAGGAUAUCAGCUCCAGGGAAACAGGUUGUGUCAAGACAUAAAUGAAUGUGAGACGGGGACCCAUAACUGCCAAGAUGAUGAAAUGUGCUGGAACUAUUACGGAGGCUUCCGCUGUUAUCCCAGAAACCCCUGCGAGGCACCUUAUGCCAAAACCUCUGAAAAUCGCUGUAUCUGCCGUUCUCAGGCUGAGUGCCAGGGUCUUCCACCAUCAAUUGUCUACAAAUACAUGAGCAUCCAGGCGGACCGGACUGUGCCAGCGGACAUCUUCCAGAUUCAAGCCACCAACAUCUACGCCAACACACAUAACACCUUCAGGAUCAAAGCUGGGAAUGAGGCAGGAGAAUUUUUCUUGCGGCGUUCCAGCAAUGUGAGUGCCAUGCUGGUGCUAACCAAGCCUCUGUCAGGCCCUAGGGAGUAUGUUGUGGAUCUCGAGAUGAUCACUCACCAUCUGACCAUGAACUACCGCUCCAGCUCACUGUUGCGGCUCACCAUCAUAGUCGGGCCCUAUGCUUUCUGAGCGCCGCAAUUCCCAGCAGCCCACAUAAGUCUGGUUCAGCAAACAUAGCAAUGUAGCACAUCAGAUGCCUUUAUCAGCAUAAAAUACUGUACUUUUUCAUACAAUACAUGCAUACAACAUAUAACAUAGGCUGUCCCAGACUCAUACAGCAGCACAGCAGUUCCAAUAGAGUUGCUCAAGACAGACCAGUCCAUGCUGUAAUGUGACCACUGGGCAUCUUUUUCUCUCAAGGUGCUGGGAAGCAUUGUGAAAGCAGUGUGAAAGGUUUUAGUGUCCCGAAGAAUCAAGCACUGUGUUUCAACAACACCACUUAAAAAGUAAAACAUUUUCCAACUUUAAAGUUGGAACAUUUUGGACUUUAAGUGCCUUAAAUUGACAUAAGAAAGAUGCUGUAUGCAGCAUUUUUACCUGCAGUGGUUGUUUGCUGCUUCCAUACUGAAAACAAUUGGGAACAGAGGAGUGGCACUCAGGAAAAGAGGCCUAGUGGACACACAUCCUCACUGUGAUGAAUUUUUGAUGAAGCUGUACCUACAUUUAUCAGUUUGUUCAGACCAGACCAGAACUGCUUACAAUAACCUGUUUGUGCAUCAGUGAAGCACUCUGUUGUAAGAAAGAGAGAAAAACCAUAUUUUCUAUAUUAAUGUACAUGACAAAUAUCCAGUAUGAGAAUCUUUUGAUACAAAAGUCAUUUGUAAAUCACAGCUUUUGUUGAUAAAUGUUGUAGGGGUUAGUACUGCUACGCCACGCUAUUUGUGCAAGUUUCUGUAUAGUUUUACUCAUGAGUAAUAAUUUCCAGAGAAGUCCAGAACAGUUCAGAAGUGUAAAGGGAGGGAAUUUGCCUGUGAGUUGAGAGAGUGCUUAACUUUAUAUGACAACAGGCUUCAUGCUCGUAGACUUGACUCAUAGAUGUUAAGUCAUGUAUAUACCUAGGUAACAAAUCUGUGUGUAGAUACGUGUGUGCAUGGGUGUUUUCGUGUGCGUGUAUGUG